UGUGCGUAUGUGUGUGUGCGUGCGUGUGUGCGCGUGCUGUGUGCGUAUGUGUGUGUGUGUCUGUGUGUGUGUGCGCGCGCGCGUGCCGGGGCCGAGGCUGGGGAGGAAACCGCCCGCGCGCCCCGUGAGGAGGAAGGAGCCUCCCCUUCCUCGCCAGCCCCCUCCCCACUUCCCGUCCGGCGCGGCCGCUCGCUUCCCCCGCCGCGGGCCUCGGGGCGCACGGAGCCCGUCGGCCGCCGCGGAGCUGGAGGCGGAGGAGGCGGAGCGUGAGGAACCGGCGGGGCGCAUGCUGGGCGGGGGUCCCCAGGGCGCCCCGGCCGGUGGCGGCGGGGGCCACCGCGCAGGCAGUGAAGAUCGCUUACGAUCAGCAGCGUCUUUUCCGAGGAGGCGGCUGGCACGGAGGCCGGGCUACAUGAGAAGCGCAGCUGGGCCCCGGAUCGGGUUCCUCUCUCCGCCAGUGGGCGCCCUGUUCCGGGCCCAGGGAGGGGCGCGCGGUGAGGAGUCCCACCACGCUGAGUCCAGGGCCGAGCCGUGCGGAGGCCAGUGGCGAGGUCCCUCGGUUGGGAGCCCCGUUCCCAGGAGCACAGCAGCCUUAGCUCUGACCUCCGUGGGCCACCGAGGCCUGGCUCUGGUGGCCGUGAGAGGAAGCCCAGGGCUCCGUGGGACUCAGCCCAGGGCUGGUACCACCCUGCCCAAGAGGCGCCCCGGGGACGCCGGGUGUCCGGGGGAGCUGCCAUCCAUGGACAGUCACGAGGCCCCAAGCCCUCGCCAGGAAGCAGUCUGGACCAAAAGCUGUCUGUCCCCGGAGGAGGUGAGGGGCACCAGCUGCGGCCGCGGAAGUGGCCCCGAGGCCCCCUCCCCCGCUGCCGGCUCUCAGGAUGUCUUCACCUCCAGCUUUAGUUUCAUUCGCCUCUCCCUGGGUUCCGCUGGGGAACGGGGAGAAGCAGAAGGCUGCCCGCCAUCCAGAGAGGCCGAGGCCCCGCGUCGGAGCCCCGAGGAGACGGAGGCCAAGGCUGCCAGCUUGGACGGAGCCCGCGAGCACCCUCGGGUCCUCUCCUCCCCCUUCGCUCUCAAGGCCCCUCCGGGCCUGGCAGACGCUGCGCAGACCUCGGGGGGCGGCCCCAGGCUGGAGUGUGAGACGCUUCCCUUGUUGGACACGGAUGCCACCUCCUCCCGCGCCCCGGACCCCUCGUGGUUGGAGGGCGGCAGCUCGGGGGAUGCUCUCCGUUGGGACCCUCUGCUUAGCCAAUGCAAGCUGGCACUGUGGCACUGCCUGCAGGGCCAGCAGAGGCGGCUGGAGGUAAAAUCCUUAAGAUUAAAGCUUCAGAAACUUCAAGAAAAAGCGGUUGAGGAAGAUGAUUAUGAUAAGGCUGAGAUGAUCCAACAAAGAUUAGAAGCCCUGGAGAAAGAGAGAAGCAGCCUGCACUUUCAGCUCCCUUCACAGCAGCCGGCCGUCAGUGGCCUCCUGGGCCACCUGAGGGCACAGGCCCAGGCCACCCUGCACCAGGCGGCCCAGAGAGCUGGCAGUGACGACACCCAAGCCCAGCUCAGAACGGAGCCGAAGAUGUUGGAACCCACUGCUCAGGACAACCUGCUUGUGUCCAUCACCAGGCGAGACUGGCUUCUCCAAGAAAAGCAGCAGUUACAGAAAGAGAUCGAAGCCCUCCAAGCCAGGAUGUCUGUGCUGGACGCAAAAGAUCAACAGCUGAGACGGGAACUAGAAGAGCAGGAGUGGGUCCUCCCGUGGCAGGGCUGCGACCUCAUGGGAGGGCUGUCCCUGGGCGAGUUGCAGGAGGUCAGCAAGACCUUGCAGGACACCCUGGCCUUGGCCGAGCAGAUUCCCGUGCGUGCAGAGCCGCCCGAAACCAUCAGGAGCCUCCAGGAAAGGAUAAAAUCCCUCAACUUGUCACUUAAGGAGAUCACUGCUAAGGUGUGUAUGAGCGAAAGACUCUGCAGUGCCCUGAGGAAGAAAGUUAACGAUAUUGAAACCCAACUGCCGGCGUUGCUUGAAGCCAAAGCGCUUGCCAUCUCAGGAAACCAUUUCUGUACAGCCAAGGAGCUCACGGAGGAGAUUAGAUCAUUAACAUCCGAGAGGGAAGGGCUGGAGGGACUUCUCCACAAACUGUUGGUGCUGAGUUCCAGGAACGUCCAGAAAUUGGCAAGUGUUAAAGAAGAUUACAGUAGCCUCAGGAGAGAACUGGACCAGGGGAGAACUGCCUAUGAGCCCCUAGGUGGGAAUACAAUGACAACGUCAACGGUAUUUCAGACCGAAUUGCAACAGGCAGUUUUCUGACGUGCUGAUUUGUUGGAGCAGGGACUUGCUUCUGUAUUAUAAGGCUGCACGUGCAUUUCAUCUGAUCAUCUGGACACUUUGUGUGGCUAACCCAGCACCAUCUCUGUUUCACAGAUGAAGACGCAGAGGCUUAGGGAGAAUGGGCGCCUUGUCCGAAGUCACACAGACAUGAGGGGUCGGGGCCAGGAUUUGAAUCCCCUUUUCCUGCGAUUUCACUUUUUAUGUUCUUCAUGAACCUGAUUCCCAAACAUGAGGUUUUUCCACCCUCCCUCACCCUCACCACCCCCUACCUCAGUACCACACUCAGAGUCAUGACUAUGAAACAAAAGUCUACUAACAGGAUCUCUUGAUGCUCUUGAGUGUCCUGAAAAGAGAGGCUGUUUUCAUUUUUGAAAUUUCUGAGUACACGCUCUAUAUUUCAUGCCUGAAAUGAUGAUCUGCUGCCUGCAGUUUUCCUACACCUGAUGGAUCAUUGAAAUUGCUAGGAGGUUCUAUAGGUUAUCACCCCUGUGAUACUCACAUAUUUUGUAUUAAAACCCAAGUUCUUUAUUUUGGAAGGAUGAUUAACAGGGACUUAGCAUACUACCACAAAUGAGAAAAAGGUUGAGCUAUAGCAAUUCAACUGGAUACAUAUUUGGUAACUUCAAAUCACUUUUUGAUAUUUUUUUCGAAGAACCAUGAUUAGUUCAACUUCCUGUUCACAAAUGCUUAAAUGUCAGUGUUUUCCUUUGUAUUCCUAUAAGUUCAGGCAUUAAUAGUAUAUUGAUACCCCAGUCAGAGUUUCUGGGGGAGAACCACGAUAAGCCCUGUUUGCCUGUAAGAAUUUACUAACAUGCCACCCUAUUAAUUACAAGGAAUUAACUUGCAAAAUGUGAUGGCCAUUCUAAGCUUCUCUCGAGUGAGUUUUUGAACUUUAAAUAAACAACAUUUAUUAUAUUCUUUAAUUCAGGGUUUUGCAAGAUUAAGACUGAUUCUUUUUUUGUUUUUCUGAGUCCCACUUUGUGAGGUUUUGCAGAAUUCAAUUUUAUUGGUGCUGUGACCUAUUUUAUACUGUCACAGUCCUUUCAAUGCUUAAUUUUAUAAGAAAUGCCUUGUUUUCCUCUUUGGCUUUGCCAUGAGUUAUGGCCUCCUGCCAUUUUUGCUGUGCACUUCCUCUUCUUUGAAGCUGCCAUAUGUUUUGCAACCCAAGAGAGACAAUUCUUUUUGAGAGAUCCUUUGUUGCUAAUUUGGUUUUUCAGGUUUUCCUAGCUCUUGUAAAGGAGAGAGAGUAUGCUCGUAAGUGUUUUCUGCCCUCAUGAUUUUGUCGCACCAAAUUUUGCUGCCCAGGUCCCACCAUAGUUCUGGGGAGGGCCAGCCUGCCUCAUCCACUUUCCUUCCAGAUUUUUAUGUAAUUGGGGAGGGUUGGAUCCCUGUUGGGAUGGACAAUUCUAAGCCAAUACACUGCAAUUUAAUAUUUAUAGCAUGGCAGAAACAAUCAAGAAUUGCUUAAAGAUCUACUGACUUGACAUCAAAAAUGUGUAAACCAGAUAUGCUGAUAGCUCACAUACUCACAUAGUUAUAGAAGGUAAUUUUAUUUGUCUUUUGACAUUAAACUGUCCAAAGUUUUUAUAACUCAUUAACAACUGAUUGCAUACUUUGCUUUUAAAUUUAAUGAUAACCAGACUUCUUUUCUUUUCAUUUGCCAAAUGAUGUUAAACUUUUGGUUAUUUUACGCUGUUUUGAGCAGCUCUCUUUUCAUCUGUGUUACUAAAGCUGCUUUACACUUUAUGUAUUUCUAAAUAUUAUAUUGCCUUUCCCAAGAAAGAGUCUAAUGCAAAUAUAUUAUGACUUCAGGGUAUAAUUAAUGAAAGGAAGCCUGGUCCUGCUGGGACAAGGUGACUGAGUCCCAGAGUCUUGAGUCUCUUUUUUUCUUUUUUAAAAAUAAAUUUAUUUAUUUAUUUUUGGCUGCGUUGGGUCUUCGUUGCGGUGCGCGGGCUUCUCACUGCGGUGGCUUCUCUUGUUGCAGAGCACGGGCUCUAGGCGCGCGGGCUUCAGUAGUUGUAGCACGCGGGCUCAGUAGUUGUGGUUCUUGGGCUCUAAAGCGCAGGCUCAGUAGUUGUGGAGCAUGGGUUUAGUUGCUCCGUGGCAUGUGGAAUCUUCCCAGACCAGGGAUCCAACCCGUGUCCCCCGCAUUGGCAGGCGGAUUCUUAACCACUGGGCCACCAGGGAAGUCCUUGAGCCUCUUUUUAACUUUGUAUCUGAUCCAGCGUUUGACUUUGGUCCAUGUGUCCCAAUUGUAUCAGCAAGACACAUAAAUUAGCAUUUGGCGAAUGUCUUUUUGCCCUUCACCCAACCCUGUAUUCUUUUCAGAGACUGAGGAACAGUAGGGACUGAAUACCAAACUCCAGGUCUGCCCUGAGAAGGUCACCCAACACUGAAAUUCCCCAGUGUCUGGAAUCCUGAGAAUGUAGCAGCCUUCAGAGGUGAAGUAAUUUUCCUGACGGAUUACACAAGAAUCCUCUGAUGUUGAAGCUUAUGAAAUUCCUGGAGUUGCUCUAGCGGGUUUUUUUUUUUUUCUUUUCAAUUUUUAAUUUAUUUCACAAAAUAUCAUAAGAAUAAAACACAUUUGAAAAAUCGAACAAAAACUGUCCAUCAUCCAACUUUUGUAGCAGAGCCCCUGGGUGCAUUUUUGCUGUCCCCUCCAGUGCCUGGACCACAUGUAGGCAUUUUUCACACUUGUACUCAGAGUAUGGGCACAACUGUACCUUCUUAGCCUUAUGUGACAGUAAUGAAAGCAUUACAUCAUUCAAUCCUUAUGGCUGUACGUUCAGAAAAAUGAAUCAUCCUAUUCUACGGAUGCUGAAACAGAGGCUCAGUGAGCUGGGAGCGUUGUGGAUGGGAGUGAACAGCUGGAACGCGACUCAGACCUGUCUGUUUCCAGAGCUGGAUUCCUCAUCACGUAUUUCCUUUCCUUGUUGUAACACAGCGUUCCAGUUUAGUAUUUAGAAUCUGUAUAACAUUCUAAGGAUCAAUAUACCAUGACCUCCUUAACUCUCUCCUUAUUUUGAUUCGGUUAAUGAUCAGUUUAUGAAUUCCUUUCUGAAGAUGAAGUGAGAAUGGGAUUUCUGGGCCAAAAAGCACAAUCAUUUUAUGACUUGAUACAUCCUGCAAAGACUUUCCAAAAGAUUAUACCAGUUUAAUUGAUACUCCCAGUCCAUUCUUUCCAACACUAAAGGUUAUUUCUUAAAAAAAUUAUGUAGCAUCAUAACAAUAAUGAAAUGGUAUUUGAUUCAUGAUUUAUUUUGGCAUAUAUUUGACUAAUAAUGAGGUUGAACUUGCUUUUUUGGUGCCUUUAUGAUUUUUUCCAUUGUGUGUUGUCCAUAACCCUUGUCCUAUUUUGGGGGGAGUGGUGGGGGGAACUUGAUGGUUUCCUAAUCUUUACCUAAUAUGGUUAUUAUUGUUUUUUCCUGUUUGUAUGUUGUGUGUAUAUGUGUGAAAUUAACCCAGUAUCAUGAUUAAUAAAGGACCAAGAGGAGAAAUCUUUAUAAACAAUGAUAACAUGUUGAGGUAACAGAGUGAAUUCUGAAAUCUCUUGAGGCUUAGGGUGCAAAGCAUUUAACAAGCAACGUAGGUUUUCCCGAGUAGAGGCAGUUUGCACCCGGUGUAUUAACAUUCACUGGCCCUGGCCUUUAAAACAACUGUGAUGUAGAGGGAACAGCUGCAAUUGGGACCAUAAUAGACCAAUCUCGCUUUU